AAGUUACAAUAGCCCUGAGACUGAAGGACAGCUUUUGAAUUCCUUUGUCCAGUAUUUUGGUGACAACCUUGGGAGCAAGAUUAAAAGAAUGCCUUUAAUAGAAGAAACUGUUCUGCCUGGGGACCCUCUUCUCACUCUACCUGUAGUAGUAAUAGGAAAUGGACCUUCAGGAAUUUGUCUUUCUUACCUGCUGUCUGGAUACAGGCCAUAUUUGUCUCCUGAAGCUAUACAUCCGAACCCCAUUCUGCAUACUAAAUUAGAAGAAGCCCGACAUCUUUCUAUUGUUGAUCAAGAUCUAGAGUACUUGUCGGAAGGCCUUGAAGGAUGCUCUUCAAAUCCAGUUGCAGUGCUUUUUGAUACAUUGCUUCAUCCCGAUGCUGACUUUGGAUAUGACUACCCACCAAUUUUGCACUGGAAGCUAGAACAGCAUCAUUAUAUUCCCCACAUAGUGCUUGGUAAAGGACCGCCUGGUGGGGCUUGGCAUUCUAUGGAAGGCUCUAUGUUAACAAUCAGUUUUGGAGACUGGAUGGAGUUGCCUGGACUUGCGUUUAAAGAGUGGGCAGCAAACGCACGCAGAAACAUAAAGAGUGACCGAGUAAUGCCAGAGGAAAUAGCUUGUUACUAUAAACACUACGUUAAAGUAAUGGGCCUCCAAAAGAAUUUCAGAGAUAAUGUUUACAUAACAUCAGUAUCCAGACUUUAUCGAGGAUCGGAUGAUGAAGAUGAAAGUCAGCUACAUGAAAAUAUUUCAACGCAGCAUUUGCAAAUGGAAAUGGAAGAUGGACAGAAAUCACUAGUUAAGAGAAACUGGGAAGUCAGAGGUUAUCAGAGGGCAACAGAUGGUUCUCAUGUGCCCUUCUGCCUCUUUGCUGAGAACGUGGCUCUUGCAACUGGAACCUUUGAUUCUCCUGGCCGACUACAAGUUGAGGGAGAAGACUUUCCUUUUGUGCUUCAUUCCAUGUCUGACUUUGGGGCUGCUAUAAGCAAAGGCAAAUUACGUGGGAAAGCAGACCCUGUAUUAAUUGUGGGUGCUGGACUUACAGCAGCUGAUGCAGUACUGUGUGCCUACAACAACAACAUCCCAGUAAUCCAUGUGUUUCGUAGAAGAGUUACUGAUACAAGUCUAAUUUUCAAACAGUUACCUAAAACGCUUUAUCCUGAAUACCACAAAGUCUAUCAUAUGAUGUGUACUCAGUCACAUACUGUAGAUUCUAGUCUACGUUCUGCUUACACUAGUUUCCCUGAACACAACGUACUGUCCUUCAAGCCUGAAAUGAAAUGUGUUCUUCAGAGCGCCUCUGGACUGAAGAAAAUUUUGAAGUUUUCUGUAGCCUUAGUUCUGAUAGGUUCUCACCCAAAUCUUUUCUUUCUAAAGGACCAAGGACAUGGCAUAGGGCAUCACUCAAAUCAGCCAAUCACAUGCAAGGGGAAUCCUAUUGAGAUUGAUCCAUAUACUUACGAGUGCACUAAAGAAGCUAACCUCUUUGCUUUAGGUCCUCUGGUUGGAGACAAUUUUGUACGGUUUUUGAAAGGAGGUGCAUUGGGCAUUACACGAUGUUUGGCAAUAAGACAAAAGAAGAAACAUGAACUGAUUGAAAGCAGGGAUGGAGGAGGUGAUGAUGGGGUACCUUAAGUGAGACAUUAGAAACUGUCACAUACGGAAUUACAGAUGUAGUCUAACAGUCCUCACAACAAAAGUCAUUAGCAGUCACAUUUUUGUUAUGUACAAGUAACCUGCACUUGUAUUGCUUGGUAAAGGAUGCUGUUACUACAAUGCUUCACCUUUUCAAAAUACAAAAAUUGGUCUGCUAUUGCAACUGAUCUUUACUCAACUGGAAUGGCUUCCAGAUAAAACAGAAAAUGAGACUAACUUUUAUUGACCUGCCUGUCGUCUCUUGCUCAGCUAAAAGAGCAUACUCCCUCUGGGAAAAACAAUGCCUGCCAGAGUGGCUUUACGUUUUAGUGUCAAACUCCACACAAUUUUCUUAUCUUGAAAUUCAGCUAACUUCUAUCUAACUUCAGAAGGCUCUUUAAGUAUAAAAUGUGUCUUGGUCCCAAAGAAAAUUUAGAGCCUUCUGUCUGAAACAAGGAUUUUAUUUAUUUGCCAUAGUAAUGCAGUAAUACUUUGAGCAGUUAGUCAAUGGUCUUUAGUAUAAGGAGGAUUUCUGUAAGCAGAGGCAUGUUACUCAACAGUUAUAAAUCAUUCUACUUGAUAAUUGGAAUAAAAGAAUGAGCUUUCCCCUUUAAUGCAUGAUUUGACAAUCCACUAAUGGUUUUUUCAAUGGUAUGUCAAGAGUUGGGUAAGUGCAGAGAGACCAUAACAGGAGAUGUGCUCCCCUGCAGUGAUAUGUACAUUCUGAGAAUACUGAUUAACGUAAACAAUAAAGUGCUGAUGUAAGUGCUCUUAUUACAGUGUCAGUAUACUGAAUAUCCAGUGUUCUACGGAAAAAAAUGUUGGAAAGACAAGUACAAAAAAACUUAUAAGCAAUCUUUUCAGCUCAUAAUUUAGGAAGACUGAAGGAGACCACCUGACUGAUAAACGAUAGAUAUUCUCAUCUUCCAUUUGACCAAGCAUUGGUUAUUUCUGCUUUUUUUUCUAGAGCAAGAUAUAACAUUAAAACUAGAUUAGUUUGCAGUUUUUGAGACAUUAUGAAAGAGGAUUGAAUCUUACAACCAGCUUAAGAAAAACAACGUAGUUCCUAUAAAAUCUUUUAUGGCUUGUGAUAACAGAAAAACUUAACUUGUACCUACGUCUGAACUUGAGCUUGAGUUUCACAUUUUUGCUCCGUAAGGUAAGAUCUGGGAUUCAUUUGCUGGGUUUAAGCAUAGUUUAUUUAUCUAAACAUACUGUAGGAUUACUCACUGUAGUGAGGUAAGCAACACCUGAUUAGGAAGCGGUUAGGGUAUCUUUUAGAACUCUCAGUGGAUAAGUGCUUGGUUUUGAUUGAUUCACUACCGAACACUUUAAUUUAGUGUGAAGGAAUAGAUGUUAUCCAAUUAAAUUCUGUGUUUGGUUUUUUUUUGUUGUUGUUGUUGUUGCUGGAGAAUGUCAUGUUAGAUUAAGGUAUUGUAUUUGCAUGAUUAAAAUCUCCGUAUUAGACCUUGAGCAGAUUAUAAAAAGGAAAUUAGGCUUAGGCUUAGACUUUGUGAAACUGCUAGUGCAUGCUGGUAUCCCAGCUGUCUAACGUUCGUAAUUUGUAGAGAUACCUUUAUGCUGUACCUGUCUCUUUCUGUGCCAACUGCAGGUUUUUAAGCAUCUCAGUAUGUUACUUAGACUUUGGACGUACAAGUUAGAGGUGGAAAGCUAAAGGGUUAAAAUGACAUCAUUUGCAGUGGAAGUCCAAAGCUUUCAUUUCUUUCUCAUGUAUGAAUGGAUAAAAUUACUUAUAAUUAGUUUAGAGCCAACUUAAUUGCACAAAUAUAAAUGGCAAUUUUUAUAUUAUGCAUUGCCUACGUGGUUUGAAUUGAACCAUGCAUUGUCAAUAAGAAAGAUGUUAACUUUUUAUAGUUAGUGGUAUUUGAGGUGAUCUUAAUUAGGCUGAGCUCUAGACUUACACCAUCUCAGCUCAGUUACGAAGUAAAUAAUUUGCCUUUUUUAGCUGAAACAGUGUGUAUAUAUAAAUCUAACUUCAACCUGUGAUGCAUAAUAAUUUUAAUUGAGAAUUAGUGUCACAUAUGAUCAUAAAACUUCAUUGCAAUUACUGUAUUGGGAAUACGUCUGCACUGAGAUUAAACUCCUUCAUUUUUGUGUCAAUAUAAAUGUCUGAACACAACAUGCCAUUCCAGUUUUAUAGUAUUUUUGUGUGUCACAUCAAACUUCUAAAAAGCCAACAAAACAAAGGAAAACAAAGGAAAAAAUUUGCUAAAACCCUCCCCCCCCCCCCCCACAAAAAGCAGAGCUCAAAACAACCAAACCUCCAUCCUUAGCUGCUGCAACUACUUACACACCAUAUAGUCACUGUGAUGACAAAUUUGUAGCAGAGGGGGGUUGUUUUGGGUUUUUUUUUUUCCUAUUCAUUAUAGUGGUUCUUUUACUGCAGCAUUACUGCACCUUGAGUUUUAACUGAUUUUUUUUUUCCUUCUACCAUUCUUGCCAGCAUGUUUGUAAGACAAAAUUCUGAUAUGAGACGAGUUAGUUAGACAGAGCCAUGUUCCCAGUUAAGCUGCCAAUAUAAAAAUAAUUUUUUAAAGUGAAGUUAUACUGAAAAAUUGUCCUUUUUCUUCUAGGAGUUGCUAGCUCUAAAGUUGCAGCUGGAUUUUCUGACUUGUGGGUUUCUCAUCUUCUUCACCUUCUGAGGGUUUUUUUCUCUCAUCCUAGGUAUUUUGAGAGCAUAAAAUUUUUAUAAAUUAGUAAUUCAGUUAAAGCUAUCCUAAAUAAUCUGAAGUAUUAUAUAAUAGUUAUUACAUUUAUUAUAUAUUAGAUGCUGGCACUGAAUAGUUGUUUUUGGAAAUGCUUUGUUUCUCAGGUUUCAAAAAAUACCAUUUUGAAUUUCCUUUAGGUUAUAUUUGUUCUCAAAAGGGAAACUGCUUCCUUCAGCUCAUCUUUCAGUGAGAAAAAUUUUGGUAUAAGUCAAUUGAUUUUUACGUUCAAAAACAAUGAUUGCUGCUUAAGCUGCAUUAAUGAUACACAGGCAAGAAAAAUACAAUUUUAAAGGAGUUGUAUUUGGAUUUCUAGAAUUUUUAAUACUAUGUUAACCAUAGUGUGUAUCUUGUAAUAGAGUAAUGGGAAAAUGUCUUUCAUAGUUGGUUUUGGUUCUUUUUUUUAAUGUUGACUCUAUCUCCUAACCAUAUUAUUGCUAAGAUUAUUUUAAUGAGUCUCCAACUCUGUUGAAUAGCGACUGAGCUUUGUUGUAGUUAGAUCUCCCUAACAAUCUGUCUAGUGUGUGAUUAUUUAACAAUGGGCACUUUUUAAAGAAGGCACCUGACUGUGCAGUAAUAACCAAAAUAAGCUCCGUACUGUUUUCCAUUAGAUGAUUGACUUCUCCUUAAAAUGUUUUGAACAAAACAGCGGCUAAGAUUUUUACUCUAGUGAGAAAAUGCAGAAAUCCUUUCUGCAUCAUAGGCUAAAUCCGCAAAGAAAUUUGUAACAACAAACAAGUCGAGAACAAAAACUUGUUUGUCUCUUAGGAAAUGGCAUUGCCCUGAGCUGAAAUCCUGGGCUUGCUAGAGAAUAUAUGGAAAGAGUUAGCAUCGAAACAGUGCUUAUACACUGAGUAAGGGACGUUGAAGUGCACCUUGCAGUUUUAGGUCCCUUGUCCUCAACUCUUAGGGAGUUUUUAAACAAAAAAAAAAAAA